AUGUCGGCGGCAGGUUCAGCUCGAAGGGGGCCCGUCCCUGAUAUCGCCACCAGAGUCCGGAAUACAUCGGAACAGGGUCCGAGGUUGACCUCCUCUGCUUCAUUCAAGCAACUAGGGCGGCCCUUGAGACUUUGGACGGACAAUGAGCAAGGGUCUGCGGAGUCGAGCCUCCCAGGGAAAGCACGUCUGUUGGUUGUGUCCAACAUUUAUGGGGUGACUUUCUUUGCGCAUGCAAACGGCGUCUAUGCUGCCCCCACGGCUCGGCUGAUUGAGCUCGCCCAACUGGGCGAUCGCGAGUCCUCUGCUUCCAACGGAGUAGGAGAACAAUUCAAGCGGGUGUCGUUCGAAGAGAGUGUUCACAUCCUCAGCCUCUCAGCCGACGAGCUGCGUCUCGCGGUCUGCACGAAAAGGAACUUGACGAUCUACUCAACGCAGGAGCUUCUGGAACAGCCGAACCCCACCGCUUUGAGGACCUUCGCACGACGUUGCGUGCGGUCUCUGGCGUGGUCACCAACCGGCCCCUGCACUCUGCUCGCUCUCUUAGAAAACAACAUUCUGCUGCUGAUUCCCGACGUGACCGAGGGCGCUAUUCCUUCGCCGGAAGUCCUCAUAGCGGUGGCAGCUUCUUGGAGCCCCGAUGGACGCCACGUGGCCUACGUAUCCACAGACGGUACAAUCUACAUCAAGACGUCAGAUCUUAAGGCGUUCAUUGCUACUACCAAACUUGAGCUGCCGGUUGGGUUGCGAGCUCGAGACUACCGGACGAACAAUGACAUCAAACAGAGGAUCGACAGUCUGGAAUGGGUUCACCCUGAUCUUCUCCUCCUUGGCCUGGUGCAAUCGGACCCAAUCCAAGCGUCCGGAUCCGGCACAAGCCCUCUGGUCGCCCUGAGAUUCACUGGUUCGGAUUUUGCGGACAGAACCGGCAGUCUGAGCCAGAUCCUGUUCACCGGCCUCUGCCCGCACAUCCUUCCCGGAGCAACAAGAGCAGACACGGGACCGAACUUGCACACAGCUGUCAUCAGCGCUUGGAACUUCAUACUCGUUGCUAAUCGGAAGAGCGCUUCCGAGCAAAUCAAUCUGCUGGGUUGGGAUCUUCCCAGCGCCGAAAACGCUGGCUAUGAACUCGAGUCGCUGCGACAGUUGAAAUGGGGGAGUGCGCCAGACGAAUGGCUUCAGUGGGUGGGCUCUCCGACUUUAGAGGAGCGAGAUUUCGUGGUUGGACUAGCCGUCGACAUAACCUCCUCGCAAAUUCUGUGGGAGGACCCGAGAUUCCCGAGCGGGCACCGUAGGCCUUCCCCACUACCCAUUAUGCUAUACCUGACAUCCAACGGCAUACUUGGCGCCUAUGCCAUUGCUAGGCGGGACGCAUUGCCGGUUCCCAACCUCGUAUCGGCUCCUCGCACCACCUAUGCGCCUCUCAGUACUUUCGCUCAGGCCGCAAUUCCAAGACGGCCUGCGGCUAGGACGUCUUACAUAUCCGAAGCACCACCCUCUGCGGCAUCCACUAUUGCUGGCCCAUCAAACGCCCUUACUGGAAGCCCAAGCCGUCCAGUACCGCGCGCGAGCAGCCCGGCAACGCGCGCGAGCAGCGAGGCAGCUGACCCAGGGCCUGGUCUGCGCGCCGUCGGUUCGCAAGCCGCCUCGUCUUCCGGCCAGUCACUGUCCGAUGAAGACAACGUGGCAGAGACUACGAUAACUGCGGCGCCCGCAAGCACCGCGACUCUCAGAGCGAGCACCCCCGACCUUGUUCCGAUCGAGUCCACUUCCCGCGCGAGCACCGCCCCUCAUGGGCAGCGCGCGCGCGAGUGCCUCAUCCAGGUUCACCGCCUCGAAACGAAUCCCCCUCAUUCCGCGGCUUCUGGUGAUUACGGGGCCGAUCCUAUCCUCCUUGUUCAUUCCGCUCCCUCGUCUCCUGCCGGAAGCACCCGUUUUUCUUCGUCGAUAACGAUCGGAUCUGGGGUUGGUACCGAAGCGCCACGUGGCGGUGUAACGGACGCCUCAUCAAGCAUACAACGCGCUCCGAUCUCGCCAAGGACCGACGGAUCCGCCAACCGGAAUUCCGGUCCGGGACUCGUCUUCUCUGCAGCGGAAAAAGCGGUUCUCUCUUCCUGGCUCCGCUCCGAGGAGGCGCUUGGCGCCAAGCGGCGCGAGAUCGGCGGACUCCGCGCUGCGCUCGCGGCGGAACGGGAGCGAGCGGAACAACUAGAGGCGGCGCUUCACGUGGAGCAGUCGAAGGUGUGGGAGCUGGAAAAGGUGGCCAAGGCGGCGUGCCGCAGCGCCGGCCGCUUACUGGACCACGCGCCGUUGAAGCGAUACGCGUACGCGGAUCUCGCGGCCGCGACCGCGGGCUUCGCGGAGGCGAACAUAAUCGGAACCGGGGGGUUUGGGACGGUGUAUAAGGGCGUGGUCGACCAUAUCGAGGUCGCCGUGAAGGUCCUGUCCGAGCACGGCCAACAAGGCCCCGCGGAGUUUCAGCGCGAGGUCGAAGUGCACUGCCGCGUGCGUCACCCCCACGUCACGAUGCUCCUAGGCACGUGCCUCGAACCGCGCGCUUGCCUGGUAUACGACCUCAUGCCGAACGGCAGUCUGGAUGACCGGCUGAACCGCGCGGGCGGCAGCGCCGCGCUGACGUGGCAGGCGCGCGCGCGCAUCGCGGCCGAGGUCGCGGUCGUGCUGCUGGCGCUGCACUCCGCCCGGCCCGCCCCCAUCAUUCACCGCGACGUCAAACCCGCGAACAUCCUCCUAGACCGUAAUCUCGUCAGCAAGCUGUGUGACGUCGGCCUGGCGGAGAUCGCACCUCAGCUCGCGCCCGGGGCAAACCUCCGGGCGGCCAGCCACGUGUCCUCCCGUGGGGGCUCUGCCGUUGGCACGUUCGCAUACAUGGACCCCCAAUACGCGAACGAGGGCGAGUACGGGCCAGCUUCCGACGUCUUCGCUUUUGGCGUCGUCCUCUUGCAGCUGCUGACCGGCAAGCCGCCCGUCGGGCUGCGGCGCGUGGUGUCGGAGGCCGUUUCCGCGGGCCGGCUGCGCACGGUUCUAGACGCGGCCGCGGGGAGCUGGCCCGCGGAGGACGCGGCCGCGCUCGCGCGUCUCGCGAUCGCCUGCACGGAGACCGCGCGCAAAGACCGGCCGAGCCUCGAGAGGCAGAUCGUGCCGGUGCUGACCGCCAUGAAAGCGCGCGCGCUCGCGGCGUCGGAACGAGAGGGGGGGCCAGAGGUGCCCCACAAAUUCAGGUGUCCGAUCUCUCAGGUGAAGGUUUGA